GGGGGAGAGCCUUAAGCAACGCAGCUUCGCCGCUGCCCUACAUCCGGGAACUUAUAAGGGCGACGGAGAGACAGGGUUUGAGAAAUCACACGACCUUCUGCGGGCACCGCUGCUUCGGGGGGGCAGGAGGCGCGCUCUGGGCUCCGAGCGGAGGACGCGCGCCAGGACCCUGCCCUGCCCGCAGCGGGCCGACAGUGUAGAACCGCUGGGAAAGACGGGGCGUCUCGGUCUCGCUACCGACAGGACGGCCGCGGGCUGGGACUGAGGGCGGGGCGCACAGCCCCGAAACACCCGUGCCCGGGCCUGGAGGCGAGCUCGCAAGGCUGGAGGAACCGUCCGUCGAAGCGCCGACACGGAGUGCCGGGGCCGACGGGGGCCCUCCAUGGCAAGCCACGAGUGCUGUUCGGUCCGGUGUACAUUCGUGUUGUGCAUGGAAAGCGUGCCCGGGCCUGGAGGCGAGCUCGCAAGGCUGGAGGAACCGUCCGUCGAAGCGCCGACACGGAGUGCCGGGGCCGACGGGGGCCCUCCAUGGCAAGCCACAAGUGCUGUUCGGUCCGGUGUACAUUCGUGUUGUGCAUGGAAAGGUCAAACCUGGAGCUCAGACCUCCAGCGUAAGCUGGAACAGCUUUGAAGCCGCUCACAGCGCACCGUCUUCGGCCUGAGCUGCGGUCCGCCUUUGACUGUGCUUCCUCGCUUCCACGGAGCUCAGAACCGACCCAGAGAGGCGCCAGGCCCAUCAGAAGGACCGAGGACACUCACCGGAGCGGCCAGAGCCCACAGCGUUACUGUCUCGGAGAUCCAGAGAACCAGAGAGAAAAUCUGGAAAAACGGCUUAAAAUGCUGGAAAAAGCCGAAAAAGGGGCCUGAAUCGGCCUUAUCUGAGCUCCAAAAGACCCCUAAAACCGCUCUGGAUCAAAACACUUUGUCAUUUUUCGCUCCAAGUUCUCUUUUCAAACUCUCUCCUGUAAUCCCGCCGGUGGGGUUUUUCUCCAUAAGGUCACAAAAUCCUAUCUAUCCGUCAAGCAUUUGAAAAAUGGACGGGCAAUGCUUUGGAGGCCCACACUUAGAAAUUUUUCGGCUCUGAGCCUCUGGUAAGGCAGAUAUAAUUGAGCUAUGACAGUGUACUAAGUGUGGCCAGCCGUCCGAAAUUUUUACUUUAUCCCAGGAAUACGGGAGUCACAUAGGCGUGUUCAGUGCAUUAUUCUUGGCUUAUUGAUCCUGGUUUCUAACGUCCUGGUCCCCGGGAAAGUGCAUUUUUGACCGCUUUGACCAAUUAUGGUUUUCGAUUUUUAAUUCCGCCUGCGGGCGUCCCAGAGGCCGAACGACCACACCAGGCUACUCUCCGGACUCUGGCCUUUCCGGCAAUAUACGGCUUUCCCCGGGGAAAUGCAUUUUUAAAAAAAUUUAUGGAGGUCGAAAAUCACCGGGGCCUCCGGAGCCCCGAGGCCGAGGACAGUGAGGUGCUGCGGAUACGACUGCCUGCUACAUGUGACCCCCUCUGGAAGUCCGAAAAUUCAACUUUAUCCCAGGAUGAUGGGAGUGAUACGGCCGUGAUCAGGCCGUUAAUCUGGGCUUAUUGAUCCUACUUUCGAGCCCUCUGGUCCCCGGGAAAGUGCCUUUUUGACCGUUUUGACCAAUUAUGGUUUUCGAUUUUUAAUUCCGCCUGCGGGCGUCCCACAAGCCAAACGACCACACCAGAGUAUUCUCCAGACUCUGGCCUUUCCGGCAAUAUAUGGCUUUCCCCGGGGAAAUGCAUUUUUAAAAAAAUUUAUGGAGGUCGAAAAUCACCACCAGGGCCUCCUGAGCCUCGAGUCCCAGGACAGUGAGGUGCUGCGGAUACGGCCGCCUGCGCAUGUGUCCUGCCCUGGAAGUCCGAAAUUUUUAUUUUAUCCCAGGAUGAUGGGAGUGAUACAGGCGUGAUCAGUGCAUUAUUCUGUGCUUAUUGAUCCUGGUUUCGGGCAUCUAUGAACCGGGGAAACCGCAUUGGCGGACCGAACCUGCACUAACCCUACUUAGAUCGGGGACUUUGCGGUGGAAAUAUGGAUUUUCCGGCCAAAAAUCGGAUUAAAGGGUAGCUUGCAACGGAGGAUCGGGUUUAUGGAGCGGAUUAUCAGGUUUAUUCAGCGGAGAAUUCGGGCAGGCAGCGGAGAAUAGGGGUGGCGCAUCGCGCACAGCGGAUGAUUGGGGCUGAUUCAGGUCACCUGCCAGACGCCUGCCUUUUCCAUGUGCUGAAGCUGCAGGCUGCAGCUCAGUUGCUUUCUGCACACACGGAGGAGAGAUGACACGGACGAAGGAGAAGAGCUUCUGCCCUGUAUGCAUGCACAAUUCGGGGAAACUGCUUCUGCACCUGCAGCUUCGACACAACGUGACAAACCGCACAGAGCGGCGGCUGCUACUGGCUUUGGCGUGUGGAAGGGUGAGUGUAAAAGGCAUGGUUUGUCCGGUGAAACGCUGCAACUACUCGGGAAACAGAGUGGACAGGCACUUGAAGGAGGUCCAUGCCGACCUGCAAGACUGGAAGGAGCACCUGAGACGGCUUCAGCGUAGCAGGACGCUCCAGUUAAUGGCCGAACUGCGGAGGUCCGAACCACAGCCGCCGCUCGCAACCACUCUGGACCUGGACCACGCACAGCCCGCGAGCGUGGAGACAUCCAGCCCCCAGCCAAGCCCGGACGCACAGCAGCUCGCGAGCGUGGAGACAUCCAGCCCCCAGCCAAGCCCGGACGCACAGCAGCUCGCGAGCGUGGAGACAUCCAGCCCCCAGCCAAGCCCGGACGCACAGCAGCUCGCGAGCGUGGAGACAUCCAGCCCCCAGCCAAGCCCGGACGCACAGCAGCUCGCGAGCGUGGAGACAUCCAGCCCCCAGCCAAGCCCGGACGCACAGCAGCUCGCGAGCGUGGAGACAUCCAGCCCCCAGCCAAGCCCGGACGCACAGCAGCUCGCGAGCGUGGAGACAUCCAGCCCGCAGCCAAGCCCGGACGCACAGCCCGCGAGCGUGGAGGGACCAGGCAGCCCCAUUUUGCAGAGCAGCUGCAGCGAGGGGGAGGAGGAAGGAGAGGCCCAUGCUGCUGCUGCUGCACGUCCCUGCACGGUGGGUAAAAGAGGCUCUUUUAACCCACCACCAUCAAUUUUUCCCCCAUGCGUCUGCAGCUACCUGGAAGAGUUUCAUGUGCACCUGGUCGGUGCCCUGCCAAGAGCCAAGCACUUGGAGAACUGCGGCUCCAAGAUGAAGCGGCUCAGGGCGUUCUUGAGCCACCUCAGCGAGGGCAAGUCCGAGCUGCGCACCUGGCAGUUUGUGGAUGAUGUGCGGAGGGUCAUGGCCUGGCCGGCGUACCUGCAAGGGCAGGGCAAAGCCGUGACAACCAUCAAGGUGUACUUGGUGAACGUGACCCAGUUCCUGGCCUACUUUGCUGAAACGCCGCCGCCGGACAGCACGCUUUCCAGGGCGCAGAUCGUGCGCGCGACCAGGGCGGUGAAGGCUGCCUCAUCGCAGAUUGCAACUGGCAUUGUGCUGCGCCAGAUCCGCGUCAAAGCAGCCAAGGAGCAGCGGAUGGUGACAGCGGAUCUUCUUCGCAGGUGUAGGACCGGGGCUGCGCUGCAAAUCCCAAGGCUGCUUGAGCGGAUCGAAGCGGAGCCAUCCGCGGUGGAGCUCCGACAUCGCUUCUUUGGCUACUUUGCGCUGUAUGUGACCGCGAUCUACGGACACAGGCCCGGCGUCAUCUCCAACCUGACUACCGCCGAAGUCCAGGAAGCCAGAUCCAGAGCUUCCAGCACCUCUCCUGGGUUUGUGAUUAACGUGGAGAACCACAAGACCAACCGGAGCUUCGGGGUCGCACAGCUCUACUUGAAGUCGGACGAGUUCCAGUGGCUCACUCGGUGGAUCGCGGUUAGGGCCGGCCUCGGUCCGUCCUGUGACCUGGUGUUCUUCACCCCCGGGAAUGGGCCAGUGAAGAAGCUUGUGCACAGCGCACAGAGAGCCUGGAAGGAGAUGGGGCUCGCGGGGAGACCGACCAUGACUGACAUCCGCACCUCUGUUGCUACACUGGCAAGAAACACGCAGCCGAUGGAUGUCCGGAGCCAGAUGUCCAGGCUGAUGUGUCACGACACAGCCACUGCUGACAGGUUCUACGCGCUCAACCUGGAUGAAAAGCAGCUGGAUGACCUCCGGAAGAAGUUUGAAGAGGCCACACAGCCAGCCUCCCCCUCCCCAGGUGUCGAGGUCACCCUCCGUGACUCGUGAGGGUGAAGAAAAAGCUUAUUUAAUAAAAAACAUUACCCAUGGUA